CAAGGGCGAAACCUUUUUCGUUCCAAGAUCUCUACAACUGGAAAUAAUACCUGUAAGUCUAAGGCUGUAUACAGUACAAGGAUAGGUAGGUUCUCUGGCCUGCCGUAUUCCUUGUUCGUUUAUAGUUCAUUGAGAGCUCCUCGGCAAAAUGAGGUUGUGGCUAGCGCUGCUGUUGGCUUUCUCCGGCCAGUGUCUGGCCGAUGAGAUACUGGUGGAGCCUGCAGCCGGCACAAAGCCGCAUAUAGUAAUGAUUUUAGUUGACGACUGGGGAUGGGCUAACGUCGGCUAUCACCGUGACCCACCCACGAAAGAGGUUCAAACGCCGAACUUUGAUUCUCUGUGCAAGGAAGGUAUCGAAUUGGACCAGCACUAUGCGUAUAAAUUCUGCUCUCCGUCACGCUCUUCGUUGAUGAGCGGACGCUUGCCAAUUCACGUAAAUAUUCUCAACGACCCACCGAAUGUUUACAAUCCCAACGACACUGUGUCGGGUUACGCUGCCAUUCCACGGAACAUGACGGGCAUGGCCGCCAAGCUCAAGGCAGCGGGCUAUGCCACACAUCAGGUGGGAAAAUGGGACGCUGGAAUGGCCACGCCGGACCACACGCCCGUGGGCCGUGGCUUUGACACAUCGUUUGGCUACUUCCACCAUGCCAACGACUAUUGGACGGAGCAAGCAGGUGGAUGCAAGAAAAACAAGAAACAUCUCAACGUCACCGAUCUAUGGAUGACGAGCGGGCCAGCCGAUGGCAUCAAUGGCACAGACUAUGAAGAAGCGCUGUUCAAGAAACACGUACUGCAGGUCAUCUCGUCUCACCCAGCAGAUACUCCUCUGUUUCUCUACUAUGCGCCGCACAUUGCUCACACGCCACUGCAAGUGCCCCAGGACUACCUGGAUCGGUACGCGUUCAUCGACACCGUUGACCGCCGCAUCUAUCAUGCCAUGGUUGCCUACCUUGAUGACGUCAUUGGAAACUUGACGGCAGCACUCAAGGACCGCGAUCUGUGGGACAAUACACUGAUAGUCGUAAGCAGUGAUAAUGGUGGACCAGUUUACCCCGGGGGUGGCGCGAACAACUAUCCUCUUAGGGGCGGCAAGGUGACCAAUUGGCAAGGAGGGGUCCGCGUCAACGCAUUCGUUUCUGGCGGAUUUCUUCCCAGCGGAAUGCGGGGCCAGAAGUUGGAUGGCUACGUCGCACUGGCUGACUGGUACGCCACAUUUUGCUCCCUGGCUGGUGUGGACAAGACGGAUCAGCGUGCUAAAGAAGCUGGACUGCCACCCGUGGAUGGGCUGGACAUGUGGCCGAUGCUGUCGGGCCAGAACACGACAUCACCGCGCACUGAGAUUCCGCUGAGCCCGGGCUUGAUCAGUGGUGAUUACAAGAUACUGGUGGGUAACAACGAUCAAGCAGGCUGGACGGGUCCGCAGUACCCUAACCAGACCAACCCCAAAGGCGGCAUCAGUAGUAAUGUACAAUGUGGCUCUGACGGCUGUCUCUACAACAUCAAGACCGAUCCCGAGGAGCGCAACAAUCUUGCGGCGGGGUCACCUGACAUUCUCGCGCACAUGCAGGCAAGGCUAAAGGCCUGGGAGAGCACGGCGUUCAAUCCUGACCGUGGACAGCAGUGGGCCGGAGCAUGCGAAGUGGCUCUGGAUAAGUAUGGCGGCUAUUGGGGACCUUUUCUGCCGUAGCCGGGGGUUAAUGAUACAACGUCUUGUGUCAUACUGAUAGCCUGACCACAUUGCUGCUUUGCAUCUCUCAUUGCAGCAAUGAAAUUGCAUACUAGUGUUGCCAAUUUCUUCUUCACAGUGCACCUCUCCCUCUCCCCUCUUUCUCUCUCCAUCUCUACAAGUACUGUGGUAUUGAUCAGGCGAUGAACUCAUCCUGGUCACCAUCCAUCCCUGAAAUAAUAUCAUUAUGUAUAAUUUGAAUCAAUUUCCCGCCUUACUCCCCCUUAUGUUCUGGCUGCCCGUUUUGGAUCCAUCAGUUGCGGCCUGAUGAUCGUAGUAAUACGUGGAAACUCAGAGUUGUAACAAAGCUUCCAAUCUCUCCAGUCUUGUGUAUCAUUAUGACGUGAUUGUAUAUUAUAUUACCAGAAUAACAAUGGCAAUCAA